UUAGCGCCCGCCCGCCUCUGGCCACACCGCGGCCGCGGGAGGGCGGCCGGGCCGGGCCGCUCCCUCAGGCCGCCGCCGGGCGCGCAGCGGCCGUUACCCCGCGCAACGGCCGCCGACGCCGGGCCCGGGCGCCGGGCGGGCGGCGCCAUGGGGGAAGGCGGCGGCAGCCGGGCGGCAGCCCCCGACAGCCUGGGGCUGGAGCUGGGGCGGGAGAGGCGGAAGAAGCAAAUGCUUGAAAUCUCUAUAUUUGAACUGAGAAAUACAGUAACAGAACUGGAAAAAAGACUUAGCAGUAUAGAAGAUGAAGGUAAUGAAUGGAAAACUAGAUACGAGACACAAGUAGAAUUGAACAAACAGCUGGAAAGGCAAAUUAAUAUUCUUCAAGAGAAGAUGGAGCUUAUUCGUGGCAAUCCAGCAGAUAAAUUGUCCGUUGUUCGCAUCUUUGAUCAAAUGUCUGUGGGUGCCUUAAAGGAAGUUCUUAAACAACUAGAAGAAGAGAAGAAAAGUCUCCAGAAUCAGCUGAAAGACUAUGAACUUAGACUGGAACAAGAAGCAAAGGCUUACCACAAAGCUAAUGAUGAGCGACGCAUGUACCUCUCAGAGAUCUUACAGACCUCAGCUACACUUAAAAUUGUUCAACGGCAAAACCCAGAUCCUCUGACAGGCAAGGGAGAAAACCAGAUACUGAGAGGGAGAUGCAGUGUUCCAGGAAACCCGAAAAUGGUUAAUCCCAAAAAAGGAUCGAUUAAAAAGGCUGUAGGAAUGAAGCAGCUUCCAAAACUAAAGCACUGAUUUAAUAUUAAUGCCAAGAAGUUUCAAUCACUUUUAAAAAAAAUUAAUUUAACUGAAAGUUUCUAAACUGAAAAUGAAUGUAUUUGUGCCAUAUUAUAAUACCAAACCCAGACUGGUCUUAUUCUUGGCAGCGUUAAAUGUAAGUGUCCCUCUGCCUAAUGGAAUUGUUCUUCUAGUUGCCAUCUUUGUUCUGGUGAUCUCUCACCCUUUCCAUUCUGGUUCUCAUCAGUGAUUCUGGGUGUCAGGGAGCUGGAAGCCAUGUAAAACAUUUCAUCCUUGAACUCUUUGACUGCACAGCAGCCAUUGAAAACAAACAAGCCUCUAACAUUUUUCACUUCUCAACCAAGAAGAAGAUAAAAGGCAGACUGAUGUAACCUGAAGUAUUAUCUCACCACCCAAGACAGUAAAUCUCAGAUAAAAUUCCAUCCGAGGACAUCCCCAUUCAGUAUAGGCACCAAAGAGAGACUCCCAAGCAGUCUGAUGUUGGUACAGCUGAACAUGCCUUUCAUUUGGCUUUUAAAAAGACCAGCAGGAUAGUUUACUAGCCAGUCUGAUUUCUUACACGAUACCAUACUGUAGAGUCCCUUUGCAGUCCUUCCACUACUUAAAGGGGGACUAUAGGAAGGAUGGGGGCAAUCUCUUUAGCAAGGCCUGCUGUGACUAGACAAGAGGUAAUGGUUUUAAACUAAACGAGAGUAGAUUUAGACUGGAUAUAAGGAAAAAAUUUUUUUCAGUGAGGGUGAUGAAACACUGGCACAGGUUGCCCAGAGAGGUGGUAGAUGUCCUAUCCCUGGAAGCAUUCAAAGUCAGGUUAGACGGGGCUGUGAGCAAUCUGAUCUAGCUGAAGAUGUCCCUGCUCACUGCAGGGGGGUUGGACUAGAUGACCUCUAAAGGCCCCUUCCAACCCAAACCAUUCUAUGAUUCUGUGAUUCUAUUAUAAAGUUGGUUUAUAUUCCAUGAGCUUUCUUACUCUAACAGAGAAGACAAUACACCUCAAAUUUUAAAUGCUGGCUUCCCACAGGUGCUGUGUUGACCACCACUUUCUCUUUGCAUUGUUUAGAAGCACAGCACCAUUUCCAGCUACUUUAGUAAUGGGAAGAAAUUAAAGAAAAAUUGAGCAGUUUUUAUUAACGGUUCUUCAGAGCCUGUCAUGUGGAAGUGUUGUUUCUUUUAAGCACUAUAUGCACGUUAUGUUUCCUGAUAUUGGUAUGUUGUUAUUUGAAAUUUGAACUCUCAGAUGAACCUUUGUAUUCACAGUCUGGGUUCCAUAAAAAUCUCUAUAUAUUCUUCAGUGGCACUGGUCCAUGUAGUUUUAGGGUCCAAAACAGUGCCAGUCUUUAAAGUCACCUCUUCAAUGAAAAUAGGACUACUUUGUAUUUUCAUUCUUAAGCAUGCAGUUAUUGUUGCAGUUUCAUUACCUACAUUUUAGUCAUUAAACUUCAGCAGAAUUUUUUUAAGUGGCAACAGGAAAAAUGUUUUGGUAAUGAAGAUUCAAGCCUAUGGGUUACAUCUUAAAAGCUCUUUGCAGAGCAAAUGUGAUUGAUUGACUGCCCGUGAUUAUUUUUAAGUGCAUCCCUAGCUCUUUGCAGUAUCUAAUAAAGCUUUUUGCCUCUUUAAGAGCAGUACUAAUAGUUCCUUGUUACUGGCAGCAUUAAAGUGAGACUGUAAUUAAACUCAUACAAAAAGAUCAAUGAUGUCAUUCUAAAAUGCAGAGAAAGAAGACCUGCAGUAUUGUUCAGCAUAUUCAGUAUGGAAACCCCAUUUUUUUCUCUUGCAUAGUACAAGAUUUAUUACAGAUAUUUUUGAUGUUACCAUGAUACACCGGGUAUCAUUCUUUCCUAAGCAGACUGGUCUGCCUGGCCGUUUUUUUCCCCCGCAGUCCACAGCUGAAAGCAUAGCGCAGCUGAUAAGGUUAGCACUCUUCUGUUCCUGUUUUUCACAUGGAAAGUUUCCAAAUUUUGAUUGUGCUGGCAUUUGUCAUUGUGGAGAAGGAGAGGGGGAAAAAGAAUCACCAUAAUGGUCCUAUUGGCAUAAAAGACAAGGGACAUCUGCAGUAGCGAAGAAUAUCCAGUUCUUGGAUUCAUGCAGCAGACAUUUACUACUGCAAUCUCUGAAUCAAAUGGCAGUCAAUGCACUCAAGUCCGGCCUCUGUAGCACCUCGAAAUAACUGGAGACAUUGCACAAAUGUGGCAGAAAGGCAUUUAUUCACAGCAUUUAUUGGAUGCUUCCCUCAUGGGUAGUCCUCACAAAGGACUUAAAAAGAGGCUUUUUGUUUUUGAAGCCUAAAAAGAUGCAUUUAUUGAUACAGUUUGGUAGUAGUGGCCUGAGGAGAGGAGCAGGCUAUGUGCUUAGCUACAUCCUUGUCUAGCCAGGAACAAGCUCAGGAUUUGAAACUCAGUAGUAUGACGGUUAAGCCCUAAAACAUGUGUUUGACCAUUCUAAUUGUGUGUCCAGCUGUAAUGUUUGCUGUGCAAAAUGGUCGUAGUUCUGUACCCUUACUCUUUAUAUUACUCGGCAUUUCAUUUUCCUCCCGCCUUUCUGAAAAUAAGGGCACCCUGAUGGUUAAGUUUGCUGGCUCAAGUUUCUUUGCAACAGCAAAAAGAUGGGUUUUGGUUUCAAAAAUGUUGUGUUAUUUCUUUGGACCUAAGUAAAACUUUUACACUGCAAACUUUCCCAAACCAUGUUGGAAUUUUUUGUUUGGUUUGGUGGUUUUGGAUGGAUGAGUGUUUUGAAAUUCCUGUAUUUAUCUUGCACAGACCUUUCUCACUACUAUUAUGCUGUGCUGUGAAAAGAGUUUUGUUUACAUUUGCAGCAAUGAACAGUUACAUGACUCUAUCCAAUAUCUUCUAUAUGAAUAUUUUAGCAUAUUUAGGAGUAAUUAAUCCUCCAAAGCACAGUAGGUACCAUCAUUCUCAUUUUAGGCAAAGAAAACGGAAUCACAGAACUAGGUUUAUUUAGAGAUGGGAGUGUAGUGGUGUCUGUUUUUUCCCUGAUCUCGUGACAGGGAUGUUGCUAACCAUUACAAGGUAAAUUCUGUCUCCUCUAAAGUCUCUGCACAUCAUAUUCUAAACAGUGGACAAACCCGAAGACAAAAAUAGGAAAUUGAAUUGCUGAUAGUAGCAGUCAGUGAAUGAGAGGAGCUAAAUGUCAGAGCAAGAUAGGAUGAGAGCUGAAGGUUUGAAUCCAGCCAGACUUCUUCCUGCAGCACAAAAUGUAAUUGGGAUUCCAGAUGUACUGGUUGUAGUGUGUAGGUACCUUUAACUGAGGGACCAAGAAAUUUGAUAUCUUAACUCUUGGGACUUGAGAGUAUGCUUCCCUUACGUGGUUACUCAUGUAACUCCGCUGAUUUCAGAUGAGUCACGAUUUUGAGGUAACUAUGGCAUUUGAAGUAUUUACUCGUAUUGUUGCUUGAAAAUAUGAAUUUAAAAACUCAAAUGCUGGUAAGCAAACGUUUCUUAUUUCCACAAAUACCUUUUUUUUUAAAGUCUCAUUAUUUAAGAGGGUACUGAGUAAUUAUUUUUCUUUUUAAUAAAUCAGUAUAGCACCACUGUAUUCCUCUAUGACAGAAUAAAAUUAAAAUGUUUACUGGAUAGGCAUUGA